AUGAUUUCCUUCAGCGAUCACAAAACGCCGAAGCUACUUGACUCAGAAAGGCCUCAAAUAGAGCAUGCUCUCAAAAAGCUCUUGAGUAAAACUGGUUACAAUGAUCCUACUCUUCACCCGCUCCUGCCCUCAUAUACCUCCGCGGCUUCCACUAUCCUCACCGCACCACCCACGCCCGCUGCACCCACGUCUGUUGCAGCCGCCUCUGCUGCACCCACACCCGUCCCCCAAGCUGCUCCUGAGCAACCCCCCAGAAAGCUCCGCCCGCGGAAGCCAAGCUCGCGGGCCUUGCUCUGUCCCCAGAAGCCCCGCAGCGCGUCUUCCGGGUCGAAUGUCAAUAACAAAGCCCAGAGGACGCUGAGCAGUCCCGCUGGUAGCUGA